AAAGAGAAGUAUUAGAAAACGAAAUGGGGAAGUGUAUUUGUAGUAUAAUCACAUUUCUUUUAAAUGUAGACAGUUAUUGACUUAAUUUGGGAGUUUUAAGUGUAACUUUUUUGUGUUUUUGGGGUGUUGUUUUAGUGUUUGCAGUUUUUGAAAUAUUUCGUCAUAAAAACAGAAUCUCAAAAAAAGUUAGGUUAAGCAAAACUACCUCAUGCUUUUACGAAAAUAGUAAAGAUUUCACACAAUGGCAUCAAAUAAUACCAGUUCAGCUGUGAUGAGUGAACUCUCCCUCGUCAUAAAAAAAUGGGGAGGACGAGCAACACCAACAUAUGUAUGAUCCAGUCCCAACUUUGACCAGGUUGGCAGAAAUAGUAGAAGUAGAGACUGAAAAUUACUUAAAGAUGGAUCCGGAUCCUUUUGAUGAACGCCAUCCUUCACGAAUAGAUCCUCAAUGCCUUUUAGGUCAAGUUUUAAAAGUGAUUUUUAAGAAAGAUAAUUUUAGUAGCAAACUUAUUAACGAUUACCUUCGAGACACAUAUUAUUCCAGAAAUGGGGUUAGUGGCAGAGAUGUUGAUCAGUUGAACAUUGCUGCAUGUAGGUUAUUGCUUGAUAUCAUGCCAGGAUUAGAUACUACUGCAGUAUACCAGCCCGAAUCAGACAGUCUGAUCCAACGCCUAAUAAAAUGGGUAAUCAACUCUGUUGAGCCCCUCCAAAGUUAUGCCACAGGUCUUCUCGGAGCCGCUAUGGAAAUACCGGAAAUAGCAGCUCGGUUCAGAGAGCAGAAUGCACAAUUAGUGCCCCUUUUACUUCAGAGACUUAGAAGAUUAAAAACCAGUUCUGGAUUUGCUCCACCCACUAGCAGACCUUUCGCCCAUCUGUCUGCGAUGAGAUCACCGCCUUAUAGAGGAGAUGGAAGGAUUAUGAUGACAGUACGACCUAGAGAAAAUGGUAUUCAUUCAGCAGAGAAUUCACAGACUGGAAGUCCUUCCACUGCAAGAGAAUCAACAGAUCUAGAAAAUGACAGGAAAAGGAAAAAGAGCACAGAAACACAAACACCUGUAAACGUACGAAACGACAUUUUAGAGACCGUCGAUCCUGAAAUAUUACCUCCUGCGAAAAAACGACAACGUGUAGAGAGAUCCAAUUCAACGACAGAUCAAUUUCCAGAGCCAGUAUACCUGGGAAGUCCCCAAAAAUCCAGUACUCUCUUCGCUGAAUCUAGCAACUCUUCCUGGGCGGAACUGGAGAGUUUUAUGAUAGGCACGCUUCAAAUUUUCCCGCCAAACCUCGCCACUAGACAAAUACUAAUAUUGAGAUAUUUGACAGCUAUAGGAGACCAACAAGAGUUCCUUAGUCAUGUCUUCGAACACGACGCCUUAGAAUUAAUAUUAUGUUACGUCAAUGUCAGAGGUACCAAAGAAGCACGACUAGCAUUUGAAGCCUUGAAGUAUCUUUCAGCCUUGCUCUGUCACAAGAAGUUUUCCAUAGAAUUUAUCCAGUGUAAAGGACUAGAGAUAGUACUAGAAAACAUUCCUCGCCCUUCCAUAGCAGCCACUGGCGUAUCGAUGUGUUUUUACUACUUGGGUUACUGUGAGGAAGCCAUGGAAAGGGUGUGUUUGUUGCCAAAACAUGUCAUUAGCCAUUUAGUCAAGUAUGCCCUUUGGUUGUUAGAAUGCGCUCAUGACUCUGGAAGGUGCCAAUCUAUCAUGUUCUUUGGUUUGACGUUCCAAUUUAAAGUUAUCGUGGAUGAGUUUGAUCUACAGGAUGGAUUGAGGAAACUGCAUAAUGUGAUCGCUACGUUGCCAAUUUUACAUCCAGAGUCUGAUAGAGGAUUACUGAAUGAAGAAGUAGAAAUAUCUUAUCGACAAAUCGUAAGGCACGUUUGUGUGGCUUAUCGAAGAUACCUAGAAGUCCAUUUAUACCAAAAAGUAGAGUCGAUCAGACGGACGCAGUUGAGACCAAACGAAAGACUGGCAACAACGCUUCAACCAUCAUUUAAGGCUUGCAAAUCAUCCCCUGAAGAAAUUCAACAACAGAUCGACAUGCUGUUUCAAAUCAUGCCGUACAGAAGCCACUGGCAUCCCGUGGAUCAGCUGUUGAAACUGGGUGGCAUCACGUUACUUUUGAAAAUUAUAGCGUUUGCCUAUGAGUGGAACUAUAGCGGACGAGCAGAGACUGUUAGGAGUGCUCUAGACGUUUUGGCAAUAUCUUGCGUGAUGCCCAAAGUUCAGGUGUUGUUCUGUGAUAGGGUGGACUUGCCAGAAGAAACUCUAACUGUCGGUAUUAACAUCAUAUUGGGCGCUGCAGAAGGCGAGAUUGUUGCAGACGCCGAUGUACAAAAAGCUGCAUUAAGGGUUAUAGGAAACUGCGUCUGUGCUCCAAUAAGUAGGGUUGGCGGUUCACUGGGUCGAUUUUCUUCGAGCGCAACGAGCUCCCCGAACAAGAAAUUGAAAUACAAGAGUUCCGAGGAUCUUAUCCAGAAAGUAUGGGAUUGCGUGCGUUCCAACAGUGGUAUAAUGGUGCUUCUUCAGUUGAUGCAAGUUAAAACGCCGAUAACAGACGCCGACUGCAUCAGAACGUUAGCGUGCAAGGCUUUGGCAGGUUUGGCCAGAUCGGAAACGGUGAGGCAGAUAGUGUCCAAGUUGCCUUUGUUUACGAGUGGGCAAUUGCAAAGUCUUAUGAGGGAUCCCAUUUUACAAGAAAAACGACAAGAACACGUACUUUUUCAAAAGUACGCCUUAGAACUACUGGAACUACUCUCAGGUCAAGGAAGACACACGGACAACAAUUUGGAAGCAUCUUUAGCUAACAUUCACAGAGCAAGCGUCGUGGCUCAAACGAAGAUACAGUUCAACGAUAGACAGUUACUUCAACUCAUUCAUCAGCAUUUGGUCCAGAAGGGUUGUAUCGAGACUGCUGGGUUGUUGGUAAAGGAAGCGAAUUUAAGUCAUGCUAUAACAUCCGUGAGUUCACAGCAUCCGACCAGGUUUAGAUAUUCGUCGACAUUGACACCUGCCAGAGUGAGCCGAGUGUCUAUUUCUUCGCCCAAACCACCGCUUAUAGCCCCAUCCACGGACAUUACACCUACAGUUAAUAAUUCACAGAAUGCAUCGUUGUCUAUCAAAUUGAUCAAAAAAUCUCAAACAUUACCAACGCUUCCAACGACUCCCACCCACAAUUCCCGCCUUCAGAAACAGACCAGCGGAGAACCGCAAAUUUGGGGCAACAUUCACGAAGAUGUGUCUCCUUCUUCGGAACAACCGAGAGUGACGUUGGAUUCGAUCAUCACCGAAUACCUGACCAACCAGCACGCCUUGUGUAAAAACCCCAUGGCUACCUGUCCGCAGUUUAAUUUAUUUGUACCUCAUAAAUGCCCCGAUCCCAAACCGAGGAUAACCACCGCCAACAACUAUGUGAUGAGAAGUGCCCGCAAACAAAUAGGAUACAACUCGAAAACGAUGGACCGGAGGUUCGUCCACUCCAGAUUUUGUCCAGUACAAACUAUCAAGUCCUCAAUGGAGGAAGGAUUUUUUACGUGUGCCAAAUUUAUGCCCGGACAAAAAACAUUAGCUGUAGGAGAUUACAACGGAGAAGUCCACAUAUUCAACCUUCACAAAGGAACCGUAGUCAACUUAUUCACUGCCCACGACAACUACAUAGUUAAUAUUGAACCAAAUAGGACGGGACAUUUUAUGCUUACGAGCUCUACGUGGGGAUCACCGGUCUCCGCUUUAUGGGAUUUAAACACAUUCUCAUUAAAGAUGAAUUUUAACGAAGAAGAGCAUGUAGAAUUUAGUAAAGUUACCCAAGAAAAAGUGAUAGGAACAAAAGGUGAAAUAGCUACGAUAUUCGAUAUUAACACAGGACAGUCUUUAGUGAAACUUACACCUCGAAUAUCUAAUCAGUAUACUAAAAACAAAGCCACCUUUAGUUACAAUGACGAACUAGUAUUAUCAGACGGUGUUCUUUUUGAUGUAUCGUCCGGAAAACCUAUCCACAAACUGGAUAAACUUAAUCCGAUACAAAGUGGGGUGUUCCACCCGAACGGACUAGAGAUAGUAUCAAAUACCGAAGUCUGGGACAUUAGGACAUUCCACCUUUUAAAAACAGUUCCUGUUCUUAAUCAGUGUUCCACAAUCUUCUCCCCCGUAAACACUGCUAUAUACGCGAUAGCGCUGGAACAAGAAAUGGAUGAUGGAGAUUCAGCUUUCGAUACAAGUUUUAAAACUGUAGAUGCCAUCGACUACGCCAGUAUAACCACCUUCGAUGUAAAAAAGAGCAUCUACGACCUAGCCUGUGAUAAUUUUGACACCCAAAUAGCAAUUGUGGAGAACCAAGGGUUAUACAACUCAGUACAAGAGUCCGCCGUUAGAGUGUACGAUGUAGGCCGAAGAAGGGACGACGAAGAUGAGCAGGAAGAAGACGAAGAGGACAGUAUGGAAGGGAGCGACGAUUCAGAAAACGACGAUGGAGACAACAACGAUAUGGAUGGUAACAACGAUAACGACGAUAACAAUGACGAUGAUGAUGACGGCGACGAUAGUGUUACCAGCAGCGAUGCUGAUGGAAGUUGGACGAGUCUAUCAAGCGGUGGUUCUGGAGACAAUUUAGAUUUUGGCGCUUUACUCGCGUCACUGUGAGCCCUAUAGAAGCUCUGGAAAUGUUUCUAUUUUCCCUCGUUAUACUCUGUAUGAGGGAGGUGAUUUUUUGAUAAACGUAAAAUGAGUGAUUUUGUAUUGUAAAUAUGAUGUAAUCAUUGAGACGUAAAAGUUUUGAGCGUUUUGCAACUUCCAUACAGAUUUAAUAUUUAUAUAAGAGAUUUAAACUUAUUUUUGUAUUUGUAAAAACAAUUAUUAAUUUAAAAAUAUUAAAAUAUUUAUUUAUGUAAUUUUCAAUCUAGUUAUUAAACAGGUCAUAGAUAAUCAAUAUUAUCAUUAUAUUGUAUCAUAUGGUGCAAUAUUAUUAAUAUGUAUAAUAAUUUAUAUUUUGCAGUAUUUUCAUAAAUUUGUGCACAAUUAUUUAUAUUGUGCAAUAAUAUUGUCAAUAUAUUGCACAAUGAUCCAUAUGGCGCUGUAUUCUAACCAGCUAUUUAAUUAUAAAAUUAUUGUACAACAUAUUAUGCAUAUAGUGCAUGAAUAUGACCAAUUUAUUGCACAUUAAUGGAUAUUGUACCAUGAUAUGGUUAAUAUUUUCUAAAAUACUCGAACUUGUAGAAUAUUAUACAUGUGUGAAAAAUUAUUAAUAAUUUAUUGAACAUUUUUUAAUAUUGUGCAAUAUUGGUCGAUAAUCGAUAUUGUGCAAGAUUUUCAUCGGUACAUUGAACAAUAAUUUUAAAAAAUGUGGGAAUAUUUGUUUUGGGUCAAUCGAUUUGACAAAAUUCUUUUUCAGCAAACUAUAAUAUUUAACUUUUUAACUAUUUACCCGUUCUGAAGAAACAAUUAUUUCAAUAGAAAAUAAGACAAGAAAAUAAGUUCGAAAUAUAUAAAAAAAAAAUAAAUCAGUAGUUUUAAUUAUUUUUACUUUUUAGUUUUUUUAAGAGUAUUUGUUACCUCUUUUCAACCCUUUAUUGACCCAAAUGAUUUUAUUUUUUUCUUGUUUUUGUUAAAACUAAUAAUACUACUGCAGAACUUGAUUUCUGUUUCUGAAAAGUCAAAAGUUGUGCAAUAAUAAACAAAAUUAUUGUGACUGCGUUGUGCAAUAUAUUGAUGAUAAUAUUGGUCCUCUAGGAGCCGUUUAUCCAUCUUUGUUAUUUUGAAAUUCAUUCAUAUGUUACUUGGUUUUGUUUAAUUCAUAGAUCAUGUCUCUAUUUUUCGUCAUGUGUCAUUUGUCAUCCUUAGUACCUUCGUAUGAAACCAUGAUAAUCUUCCCCGUUGUUGAUUUUAUUUAAUAUUUUAUUUUUUCUCAAUUUUUAAGCCGGAAAUAGUUUUCUUUGUGACAAAAGACACUGAAAAGCUAAUUCUCAAGACAAAUAUCAACCAGGGCCAUUUUGUUGGACGUUUUGCCUGAUUUAUAAAUUUGAACUAUUUUUUGUAGAAAUCAUUACUAUAUUUUGAGCCAAUUUUUUGGUAUUAUUUCACUUUUAAUGGAUGCUGUAACAAUUAUCUCAACAGGGAAGGGAAAUAUUCAACUAUUUAUUUUUUAUUUUGGACACCUAGGAACUUAUUUGCAAUGAUUACCAAUUCUCAUUGGUAAUUAAAGCGAAAUUUCUUCUUAGUUCUAUAUAUAUGAGAAGUGAAUAAAUGUACACUUCCUUUUAUGCUUCUACUUCUUCUUUCCUUUAAAACACUUGAUGACACUAUGUUUCAAAUCCCAAAUCAACUUUCAGCAGAUAUGAGGAGAUUUUAAGAGAGGUGACCAAAAUAUGCCACUCUGAUUGUUAGAAAUGGUCACAAAUUUACUAAUUUCUCCUCAGAACUGAAGAAAUUUGUAAUAAUUUACAAUUUGUUUUCGACGAUGAUACUAUAUUAACAUUUUUUACUGCCACUGUUUAUUAAACAUUUGGUGACAGUAUUUACCCAUUUUUUCAAAACCCAAAUCAAAUUUCAGCAAAUAUGAUCUGCUGAGAGUUAGAAAUGAUUUUUAAAUUCACCUCAUCGAUUAAUGUAGGACACUAUUCAUAACUUUUAAAAUUGUACACCACGUGACCAAAUACCAUUCUUUGCUGGUUUGAAAUCAUCACAAAUUUACCGAUUUUUCCCCAGAACUGAGGAAAUUUUUAUAUCAUUAUUUAACUGUAGUAAAUUCACUAUAUUAAUUUUUUAACUGACCCCACUUCUUGAAACACUUUAUGAUACUUUAUUUAACAAAGUAACUUCAUUACAUUUGUAUUGCUUCCAUUUAAUAAAACGCUUAAUCACACUAAUUGCUCAAUUUUUUCAUUCAAUAUAUAAGUUCUUCAUAUCUGGAGAAAUUUUAAUUCAUAUGACCCUCUCAUUGUUCUCACUGAUAACAAAUUUACAGAUUUUUACACCUAACCGGAAAAAUGUUAGUUAUCUAGCUUGUCUUACAUUAAGUCACUAUAUUAUUCAUAUCUGAAUUCGUUAAAAGGCUUUGUCAAUAUUGUCUCGAUUUUCAGUAUAUUACAAAAAUGUACUGCCUUCAUUCAUCAAAAUAUUUUGACACUAGUGGCUCAGUAGCUUUUAAAUCUAAUCCAAUUUCACUAGAUUUGGUAAAAUUUUACAUCACGUGGCAAUUUUAUGCUUUGAUUGAUUGAAAUAAUCAAAUUUACUGAUUUCUCCCCAGAGUUGGGAAUAUGUUGAAUCAUUUAAAUGUAACCAAGUGGUUAAAAAACUCCCAAGACACUGUUUUUUAAAUCCAAAAUUAAAUUUUCUUAGAUUCUAAGAAACUUUAAGACAUCUGACCAAAAACUCCAUGCUUUGGUUAAUCGAAAUAAUCGCAAAAAUACCCAUAAAUUAAUUUUUUGUGAUGCGUCCAUGCGUUAAAACACGUAUGGCACUAUUGGUUCAAUUUUUUAUAUUUAAAAUCCAAUUUCCGUAGAUCUGUUUAAGGUUUAAGCCACGUGAUCAAAAUAACAUCCUUGGAUUGGUCGAAAUCAUCACAACUUGAUAUGUUUCUCCCAUAACUGGAGACUUUUUAACUAUUAUUUUUAUAACCUUUUUUUUAAUAAAAUUUCCCACUAAAUCUAGGAAAAUUGUUAACUAUUUACAACACUGUCGGCAACAAAGUCAUUUGUGUAUUGCACCCAUUCCUUAAAAUACUUUAAGACACAGUUGGCUCAAUUUUUCAAAUUCAAAAUUUAAUUUCACAGUUGUGGGGAAAUUUUAAGUCACAUGAUCCAAAUAAGACGCUGUGAUUGGUGGGAAUUAUUACAAAUUCACCUUUUUUUUCAAUGCUGCGUAAAUUUCCAAUUAUUUGCAACAUUGUAAAAUAAUCAUUUGUGUACUGCAGCGUUUCAUUAAAGAACUUUUUCAAAGAAAAUUGUUAGAAAUUGUCCAAACAUGUUCGAACUGUACUAUAUUUUUUACCGAUCUCGAAAAUUUUUGUCACGUGACCAAAAUAUGACCAUUUUAUUAGUUUAAAUGGUAAAAAUAUACGGAUUUCUACGUAGAACUGGGAAAAUUUCUAAUUAUUUGCAACAUCGCCCCUAAAAUACUACAUUAACAUUACAUUUUUGAACUGCAUCAAUACGUAAACACUUUUUCAAAGAAAUCCAUGUUUUGUAGGUGUCUAAAUUACAAAAAUUUUAACAAACACUCCCAGCAUUUGCUAAUUCUAUUUAUAUUUUUGCACAUUUAGCAAAAUCCUAGUCAUGUGACCAAAAUACCAUACUUUUAGCUGUCAAAAUGAUAAAAUCUCUAACGCAGAGCCGGGAACAUUUCUAUUUUUUGCAGGAUUGCCCCUAAAAUUGUCAGUAUAUUACUUUUUUCUAUUACAGUAUUUCGUUAAAAUACUCCGUAAGUAAAGACAUCGUAAUUGGCAAAGUAGAUGCACUGCACAUUGCGAAAUUAAAAGUACUGUACUAUAUUUUUACAAUUACGUGACCAAAAUACGGUCCUUUUUUGAUGAUGAUGAAAUGAUAAAAAUUUACUGAUUUCUAUUCAGAGCUAGGGAAAUUUUUACUUGUUUAGAACAUUGGCUCAAAAAUGUUCGAUAUAUAUUGUACGUUUUAUAUUGCAACAUUUCGUAAAAACGCUUUUUAAAGAAAACCAUGUUUUGUAGGUAUCUAAAUAAUACAAUUUGUAACAAACUGCCCAAGCAAUUUCGAACCGUACUCUAUUUUUGCAAAUCUGGGGAAAUUUUAGUUUCGUGACCAAAAUACGAUUCUUCUAUUGGUCGAAAUGGCUAAGUUGGACAAAUUUUUAUCGUACUUUUUGUACUUUAUUGUAUUUCAAAGAAAAAUAUUUUGUAGGCUUCUACAAUUCCACAAUUGUUAAGAAACUUUCCAUAACUGUACUAUAAACCGUACUAAUGUGUUAUAUUUGCAAUGUUUUGAAUGAAAAUUUAACGAAUCUAGAAUGAAUUUAAUGAAGGUAGAUAUUCUCCUCGCCAGUAAGUUUCAUAACCGAUUCAAAAAGAAUAGCUAUAAGGUCGGUGGUUGUCUUUUUAUUUAUAAAUAUCGGUUGUCCUUGAUUAUAAACCAAAAAUAUUCCCCUGUGCAUCAAUUAUAAGGUCAGUAGAAAUCAGCAUGCAUGCUGGUUAUGAUUUAUAAAUUAGUUAUCUAUGAAAUAUGUUGUUAAUUAUUUCUAUGUCAAUGCCAAACCGAGUCCGCUCAAAAAAUUUGUUUUUCAAAAUAAAAAUUAACUAUCACACAUAAAUUUGUUGAUCAAAAACGCAUAGUGACAUUUUUCGUGACCGUCCUUAAGGCUAGAAGUGAUAUAUGUUGAGUUAUUGUCUUUAAAACAUUAUAGUCAGAUACUACUUAAUUCAUAAAAUGAUUUUUAUAAUAAUUUUAAAGGUAUCGAACCGCUCAAAACUUUACUGUAAAAAGUUCGUGUUUUGUAAUGAGUUUUUCUUAACUUGUCGUCCCUACAAGGUUUUCCUUUGUUUUAUUAUAUGAUUGUAAUUAAUUGUUUAAUUUUGUAAAUAGAGCUUGUAUCUAAGAUUAAAUUAUGAACAAGUGACGUACUUUUAAUACCUAGUUGAAAAAUGUUAAGAGGAAGUCAAUAAAACUAGUUUGUAUU